AUGGCAAACUAUCCCGACAAUGUCAUUCUGUUACUUCUUCAGAUUAUUUUAGAGAGACAACAAAAUCUUUCUCACAUUUUUCAAAACCAGAAGGCAAAUAAAGAGAAAUAUGAGAAAUUACUCGAACGACCAAUUAUAGAUCAAGAGAUACUGAGUAGAUUUGUUACAGAUAAGUUAGUCAUCAUGUAUGCACCUGAACUAUGUGAAAUGCAACUUCGAAGCCUAAAGACAUUAGUGCUAGAUAUUUUUAAUAAAGGUAUUGAAGGUGAGGAUAAGGAGUCUAUUUUAGUCAAUGUUAUAACGCUGGCUAAUUACUAUUAUUAUAAAAGGAUAAAGGACAUUGAGGAAACAAGACUUCCUGAAUUGAGAAGUCAAAUGAAAAUUAUACUAGAGGGGAAAACUUAA